CUGUUUUAAUUUCUUUCGAAAUAACAGCGACAGUAACGAUGAGUCCAUUCGAUGCGGUUUUAAAUUGCUUUUGUCAUAUGUGCCAUUUACCAUGUCGAAGUUCUCCACCAGCAAAUCUAACAGUAUUAACCCGCCAACAACAAUUGCAACAGCAACAAAACGCUGCCAGCGAUUUAAUGAUACGCUUACGUGAAUCCAUUAAACAAAAAGAAGAAUUCCUUAAAUCACCAUUACCAAAUGUUCAUCAACAGCACAGUAACUCGCAACAUCAACAACAACAACACUUCUUUCCAAAUACCCCACCAUCAGGCAGUCCACAAUUGUCUAUGAUUUCAACAUCAUCGACAUCAGUGGGUUCAUCAGGUUUAAGUGGUGCUAUCAUUCGUAAUAAUGAAGCUACCGCUCGAGGACAAGUGCGCACAUUAGUUAAACAACCCUUGUCGGCAACAUCAUCAUCGUCUAGUACAAGAGAAUUAUUGACAGCAAGCUGUGAUAUGCAUUACGCACCGAAUAUGGGCUCUAGUACAACUGGAGUUGGUUCAGGAUUAGUAGGAGUAAGUGGUGGAGCUGGUGGUAUGACAACAUAUGGAACUUCUGGUACAUCAUCGGCGUUAUCGCGUGGUGGUCAUCUGCAACCGCAAAGACCUUCAGCCACCUCUUCGACAACCAAUGGUAGUUCUGUAGUUUCAACUUUGCGUGAUAAAUAUCAUCAUAAGGAUUAUGAAUUCUUAGAAACCUUACAGGAAACUGGUGUUACUAAUAAAGUGUAAGUGUCC